AUGAAACCGAAACAACUCGAAUCGGAAUUGCAAGACUUGAAAACGUUUUCAACCCCGAAACAGAAUUUGGAGCAAUACGCGACGACGCCUUUAUUGGCGACGAGAGUGUUGCACGUCGCCGCGGUGGAGUUUGACGACAUCGAGGAGAAAUCGGUGAUUGAUUUAGGCGUAGGGACGGGGGUGUUGGCGAUUGGGGCGAAACUUAUGGGAGCGGGACACGUGCUCGGAAUCGACGUGGAUAGAGACGCGUUGGAGGAGUGUAAGGAGAACUUGGAGACGUACGAACCGGAGUUGGAGGUUGAGUUGUGCUUAAUGGACGUGGUUGAGUUGAUUCGGCGGUACGAUGAUGAUGAGGACGAGGAGGAGGAGGACGUAGAAGAAGAAGAAGGAAAAAGCGAGAACGUGAAAAGGAAAGAUUACGUGUGGCCGCGAGCGGAUACGGUGUUGACGAAUCCACCAUUUGGCACGAGAAGGAAAGGUGCGGACGUGGCGUUUUUAGCCGCGGCGAUGAAAAUGGCCGAAACCGCGGUGUAUUCAUUCCAUAAGACGUCCACGAGAGAGUAUAUUCAGAAAGUAGCGGUGAAAAAAUUAGGCGCGAAGAGCGCGAAAGUCGUGGCCGAGAUGAAAUACGGCUUAAAGAAUCAAUACGGGCAUCACAGAAAGGAAGAGGUGGAGGUAUUUGUGGACGUGUGGAGAAUAGAGCCGCCGCCAAAGGCGGCGAAAAGAGAUGACAACGACGACGAUGCUGAGAUGUUCGAACAAAACUUGAGAGAUUUAGCCGCAAACAUCGAAGAGUUACAGCUGAGCGCGCGUCAACGCAAGGACAAGGAAAGAAACAAAAAUAGCAACAAAAAUAGCAAUAAUAGAAGACGAUGGUAG